AUGGCUUACAAUUACAACCCGAAUCAACCUUACGGUCGUCCACCACAACAGAGUCAACAAGCUAACCGACCCAACUCACUAGGCCCACCAACUCAAGUACCCCCGGGUGCAGACCCUCAACUAUGGUUCUGGUUUCAAGCCGUGGAUACCGACAAGAAUGGGGCUUUGACCACCGAGGAAUUACAAAAGGCUUUAAUUAAUGGUGAUUGGAGCCCGUUCAACAUGGAGACUGUUCGGUUAAUGAUGAAUAUGUUUGAUACUGGUGCGUCUUCAGAUGAGAUUAAACGUAGAAGCAUUUGA